GCAUGUUUAGUUUCACUUCCGCACUUUGGUAACUGUUCUGCUUACAUCACGUUAGCAGGUCGGCUGGCGUUAAAAGCAUUUCCUUUAAAGAGAUAAUCAUCCUACUAAAGCAGCCAAGACGUUUAUAAUCUUCUGUGAUGAUGUCAUAAUUUGACUUGAGGACACAUGUGAAGCAACGUGUCCAUUAAAGUCAACCAGGAAGUGGCGUGAACGUUGCAACGCUUCAGUAACUGGCUGCUUGAUUGGACGCCAAACUGCAGCUAAAAGCAGAAAUGCAGGUGUUGACGCAUCCCAUCGGAAGGUGUCUCUUGGUGUGGACACUGGUGGUCCAGCUGGUCCUGCAAGGAAGUGGAGCGUACGCUGACAGCACCACCAAAAACUGUAAACUUACAUUUGAGUCCGAGUCUGAACGCAAAGUCCUCCAGCGAAUAGAGUCGCUCAGUCACAGGAACUUUUCAGCGGAGGCCAAGAUUGGAGAGGCCAAGUACUCGUAUGUUUUCCGGUUGUGCGCCGAUGCAGGCGGGGUUCCCGGAGCCGGCGUCAUUCAAGUGGAAGGAGAGAAAACUGAGAAGAAAAUCACCGUGAUUGGCAUGUACAACGCAACAGAAGUCAUCGGAGGAAGUGACUAUGUGUGGCUGCUCUACGGCAACGGAGAAAAUUACGAUACCCACUGUUCUCAGGAACAGCGAAAAGCCAUCCUGAUGAUUUUCUGCAACCGGAAUUUUGAAGUGGGCCAGCUGGAGAUUGUGCAAGAGAACAGGGAACGGGUGCAGAACUGCUUCUACCAGUUCAAGCUUGAGACCAGUGCCGUGUGUCCGCCUCUUGAGUACAAACUCAGCACCGGCUCCAUCAUACUUAUUGUCGUGGUCUGUCUUGUGGCCGUAUACCUGAUUGGAGGGUUCCUCUACCAGCGGCUCAUCGUGGGGGCUAAAGGCAUGGAGCAGUUUCCCAACUAUGCUUUCUGGAGAGAGGUCGGCAAUCUCUCGGCAGACGGUUGCGACUUUGUGUGCCGCUCACGAGAUCGAGAGGAGCCUCCGACUUACACGGGGGUGUCCACUGAGCCCCUGGACGAGGAGCCAGAAGAAAGGGACGACCACUUGUUACCGAUGUAAGCCGGUGGCCAGUCAGUAGCUUUUCACUGUGUGACUUUACUGAGAGCUUUGAUGAAACUCCGUUCUCGGUCCGCUUUGAGUGCACGUUUGUUACCUCGCUGGAUGGUAAACAAACGAGGGAUUCGUCCAGGUUUACGAUGAGGCUUCGUCUCAAGAAAUCUGAAGAAACUUAAGUUUCUACCUGCUUAGCCUGAUACAAUAUAUUUAGCAUUUUUUCCCCCCAUGCUUAUGUCAGAGAAUGUUAAAACUAUCUACUGUGGGCCAUGAAACUCUGCUGCUCCUUUAAACUUUAGUUUAGGACGGGUUACAUAAUGUGAAUGUUCAUAUUUAGCUAUGACGGCUUGGGCUUUAACACCGCUGAAUUAAAUGGUUUCAAUUCUCUUAGUCACAAACUGUUACAGUUAGAAUAUGACCUACAUAUUUAAUAUAUAAAUAAAACAGCUACUAAUUAAUCCAAAUCAGUUCCCUUUACAUCUCUCUAAAGGCAAAUGUACGCAGAUGUAUGAAAAUAAGACACACAGUAUGUGUGAGUAUAUUUUGAUAAAAUACAUACACUUUUACUGCAAAAGACCAAAGUUGAUAGAAAAAGUUAUUUAACUCCAUAUGAUGUCAAGGGACAUCCAAUGAAAUAAAUGAGAAUGACUUGUUUUUUUGUUUUGUUUUCUACAUUUAAUUUCAUUAAAAAUUGAAACGAGAAAACAACCCAUGAUGUCACUGCUUGGUUUGCAUCAAUUCCAGCGUCGUUUAAUAUUAUUUAGUGACUAAUCUGUGGGAGUCCUGGAUCAA